GAUCUAAAUAGCUAGCUAGCUCAACUCAUUUACGAUCAUAUUAGUGUACAUGAUCACUAGCUAGAAGUGGCAGUUUGUUCUUCACUCUCCCCACCCCACCCCCCCACCCCACCCCACCCCCACAAAAACAAAACCCUAUUUAAAGGCAAGGCUGUGCAUUGCACACUCUCAUGCAAUUGUCUUGCUCACUCAGACCACAACUGUUUCUUUCUACUCAACUACAAACCUAGUACUGUGUUUUUACUCCACUUUCCUACUCUCUAGCUACCUACAUCCCUUCAUUUCAUUUCCUUUUUCUUAAUUUUUCUCAACUUCAUUCAAUUAAUUGGCACCAUCUAUUUAUAGAGCCUAAGCUCCUCUCUCUUAAUAUAUCGUGUUAAUUACAUCUCACAUUUCACAUAUACAUAUAUAAAAUGUCGAGCCGAAGAUCAAGAUCAAGGCAAUCUGGAUCUUCAAGAAUCACAGAUGAUCAAAUCAACGAACUCGUUUCCAAGCUGCAACAGCUUCUUCCCGAGAUGCAUAAUAGGCGCUCAGACAAGAAGUCAGCAACCAAAGUGUUGCAGGAGACAUGCAACUACAUUAGAAGCUUGCACAGAGAAGUUGAUGACUUGAGUGAGAGGCUGUCUGAAUUGCUUGAAAACGCCGACACUACUCAAGCUGCUCUUAUUAGAAGCUUACUUAUGCAGUAGUAGUUUUAAUUAUUUCUUUUUUCGAUUUUUAAUUUUGCUAUUUCCUGCUGCAAUUAAUAAUCUGCUGUAUUUUGUUUCUAGAGUUUUCAUGGUACGUAGACGAAGAUUUAAUGUAAUAAAAUUAUUUUUCAGAUCACAUCUUAUUAUUAAUAAUAAUUAUUAGCCA